GUCAAUUAUUCGGGCGCCUCGGUCGAAUAGCUUAAUACGUUGAACGUAUUAGUGGCGAGGAGCGGCGAGGCGUCGAGAGGCUACGCAACGUUACGCGACGCGACGCGUGGACCGCGAUUAUAGCGAGCGAGAAAAUUUCAAGAGCGCUGGUUGGUAGCACUGAUACCGCGUGCCGCCAGUAUUCUUGCGGUGACGAUCGCAAAGUAAACCGGUCAAAGUUGAAACCGAUCCGGAUAUUAUCGUCGCGUUUGCCGAUUGUAUUAACGAUUCGAAUACGUGUGCGGAACGGGGGCUUCGGUUCGACUGGUUCGCGAUAACCGUAGAAAACUUUGAAAUCCUGACAUUCGAUCGAUCGUGAUUCAAGUUGCGUCGUUCGUCGCGAGACUUCUUUGGCAUUGGCAGACAUCCAGAGACGGAAACGAAGCCGGAGGGAAUGUCUUGGUGCGUCGACCAGCAACAGACGUGGAAGCCCGCCGCGUUGCUUGGAACGAAAAGGUCGAAAGAGCGAAAACCGUGGAGAGAAGACGAAGAAGCACGAAACUCGCCGAGCUCGUACGACCAAGGUAGACGCGGGCGUAUUCAUCUUCGCGGCUCCAACACGAACGAAAGGUGCACCUAUACGGGAAUGAUUAUCGAAAAAGGAAAGAGGAGAGGAGAAGCAGAAGAAAAGAGGAUGGGAAAAAGAAGUGGUGGCCAGGUCACCGAGGAAACGAUUCCGGUCGAAAAAGAGUCGUUGCAGCGAUGGACGGAGAGAAGCGUCUGGUCUUUAGUAUGCGCGAUGGAAUUAGGUUUGAUUCCGUCGGAGACGAACGCGAAGAGCGUCUCUUCGUUCGUAAAAACGAGCGCUAGCACCGUUUCCACCGAGUCCUUCUUCUCGAUAAAUUCUCCGAUGGACGACGCGAAUCCACCUCUACGGAAAACUUCCCUCCGAUUAUCCGCAACAAUGUCCUCGCGAUCGUCUAAAACACGGUCCAACCGUGGAAGAAGAAAGCCGACGAAAACCAGAAACGUUUACGCGAAUCGUGGAAAUCGCAAACUCGAUCGUGCCAAUAAUUCGACGAUGGAGAACUUUUGGAAAUCGUGCAAGAGAAAAGCGAGAAGAUCGGAAAAACGCGAGAAGCGAGAAGACGGAAAGGAAACGAAUCUACUUCGAAACGAUUGCGAAACUUGUCCCACUUGCAAACGCAAGUGCGUCGAGGACGAGCCGUCGCUACCAACACGAUCGGCCCGUUUUCCCGUCGUUCCAAACACCUUGUCGCGAAAACGUAUCGAUCGAAAGUUACGUCGCAAAAGCGAACGAGGUUUCGUAUCGAAAAAUCGCGAGAGGAAAAGAAACGGUCGCGGCGAGAUCGUAUCUUCUUUGAACGAACGCUUUGUUCGCGGCCGUUGGACAGGAGGAGGCAAGUAUCGAUCGCGUUGUUCGAUCGAAGGCGAAAACCAUGAGCCGUCCAUCACCGACGGCGAACAAGGACUUUGUCAAUUGGCACCGAUCGAUCGGAAAUACGCGAGCGAACCGUCCUUUCAUCCAUCGACAAACUUUCACCGGGUCUUUCCUACCUUUCCAUCGAUCGAAGAUACCUCGGCCGAAAAUAACGGCCGACUUUCGAUCGAAGAAGAAAUCCUGUCGGACGGUCGAAAGAACGAAUUGAAAUCGCCGAACGAAAACGAUCGCGAGAAAAAACGCGCCCGUCCACGGUGCCAAUCGGUCGACGGUAUCGGAAAGCGUAACGAGACGCGAACUUCCAGCUUAAAGAGAAACAAAACGGCUCCUGCGAGCGUAAAUGCUGGCGAAUCUGCAAUAAACUUGACGCUUCGAGCGAUAACGUCGCAAAACGACGAGGAAUAUCACGAGCUGAGAAGAGUGACUCGAGGAUCGACGAAAGUAGGCAAGGAUCAAUUCGUUGGAAAGCUGGUGUGGGGCUGUUGCUCGGGCUGGUGGCCAGCGUUAAUUAUCGAUGCCGACCAUGUAGGAAUGUUGUCCGAGGCGGGAAAAUUAUGGGUUUACUGGAUCGGAGAAGCUCGUAUAUCAUUACUGAACGAAAAAACACAGAUCGAAUCGUUCUCCUGCAAUCUGAAGUGUAGACUGACGCAGAACUUGAACGUGGCACGGGUCCGAGCUAUUGACGCAACUAUGCAGAUGUUGCGCAAACACCUCGGUUGCGCUUUGACGAAACCUUACUCCGUUUGGAUCGAGAAGAACUUUUCAGAGACGAUCGAAGCGUUCGACGAGAUAAGGUUCUACCCGUAUCCGUCUAAAAUCCAACAAAGGUUGGACCAAUUGAAGGAAAAGAACGCAAAAGUUACCGAAAAAUACCUCUUGGAUCAAAAACGUGAAACUCAGGGAAAAAAAAUUGACAAACCGAAAGAAUCAACGCAAAGACUUGACGUGGAUUUAACGCGGUUACCUUUGAAGGAACAGAGACCGGGCGUUAUAACGUGGGCUAAAAUUUUAGGACACAAUUGGUGGCCAGCAAUGAUUAUCGAUUACCGCGACUGUUGCAUGCGUGAGCCGAGCUUUGGUUGCCAGUGGAUUAUGUGGUACGGUGACUACCAGCUUUCAGAGGUUCAUCACCAACUCUUUCUGAAAUUUAACAAAGGAAUCGAGAAACUGCAAGACUAUAUAAAAAACACGAAGAAACACGUUUAUCUAGUCGGAGUUCUCCAAGCGUCCAAGGAUUACUGUUCCCGUAUGGGACUCGAAACCGAGAAUUGGACGUUGGCCGACGUGUUUGAAUAUUUUUUAAAAGAGGAUCCAACCUUGGAAACGCUGUGCGUACCUCCGAAGAAAGAAGAUUCCGUGAAAAUAUACGAUAAAUAUUCGACGCAUAUCGUCGGCAAGCUGAACGAGUUAAAGAAUAAUCCGAACGUAGACGAUAAACGAGCGGAGGAUAUCAAGAACAGCGACGAUCUACGCUCCGUGAUAAGCGGUCAAACAGCGUUCGAAUCUCUCUGCUUAAAGUGUCUGAAGAUUCCUGACGACGGUGUUACGGAGGUUCAUCCGUUUUUCGAGGGAUCAUUAUGCGUAGAGUGCUCGAGACAGUACAAACCUUGUAUGUUUGUGUUUGGGAACGACUCAAAAUGCUUUUACUGUACGAUUUGUGCUGCCACCGGGAUGGUGAUCAUUUGCGAUAAAGAGGACUGCCCAAGGGUUUACUGUACGGCUUGCAUGAAACAUUUGUUAUGCCCGACAACGUACGAGCAAGUGCUACAGGAAGAUCCUUGGGAAUGUUUCCUCUGUAGCAGCGCGUCUCGCUCUAUUUCCGACACGAUCGUGCGGCCACGGUCAAAUUGGAAGGACAAAAUAAUCGACAUGUUCCGUACAAAUUGCAAUUCGGUCAUGCAACCAGUUGAACGGAGCGAAGAAAAAAGAAAGAUACGCGUAUUGUCUUUGUUCGAUGGUCUGAGCACAGGAUUACUGGUUCUCCUGAAGCUUGGACUGGUCGUAGAUGUUUAUUACGCGAGCGAAAUCGACCCGGACGCGUUGUUGGUAAGUGCCUCGCAUUUUGGUGAUAGAAUCAUCCAUUUAGGUGAUGCGAGGGAUAUUACCAAGGAGAAGAUCAAGGAAAUCGGCCCGAUCGAUCUGCUGAUCGGUGGAUCACCGUGCAACGACUUGAGCCUGGCUAAUCCUGCACGACUCGGUCUCUAUGAUCCAAAAGGAACGGGAGUUUUGUUUUUCGAGUACUGCCGAAUCCUGGAACUGGUGAAGAAAAUUAACAAUGACCGUCAUUUGUUUUGGAUGUAUGAGAACGUUGCCUCGAUGCCAAGUGAAUAUCGACUAGAGAUCAACAAACAUCUAGGACAGGAACCAGAUGCGAUAGACUCUGCGGAUUUUUCACCGCAACACCGGCUGAGACUCUACUGGCAUAAUUUGCCGAUAGAACCGCACUGUUUAGCGAAUCAAGGCGAGCAGGACGUACAAGAUAUACUUACGCCACAUUGUCAACGUUACGCUCUGGUGAAAAAGAUUCGGACCGUUACGACGAAAGUGAAUUCCUUGAAACAAGGAAAAUUGGCUUUGAAACCGAUUCUGAUGAAGGACGAGAGCGACUCGUUGUGGAUAACCGAACUCGAGGAGAUAUUCGGAUUUCCGCGACAUUAUACGGACGUGAAAAAUUUAUCUGCCACGAAGCGGCAAAGAUUAAUAGGGAAAUCUUGGAGCGUGCAAACUUUAACUGCCAUCUUAAGAUCCCUUUGUUCCUAUUUUCAGUGCAAUACCAUAGAAACGAAUUGAUCGUGUUAUUCGAAAAAUUCCACGCUCUAAAGUGGAAAUUCUGAAGACAAAACAAUCGAGCGUGUAACGAUACCGAAGUAAAUCGAGACUUCGUCUAGUCCAAAAAUCAGAAUAAUCAAACAAA